AGCCUCCUGUCCCCUGCUUAGUGCUCCUUUAAUUCCAUUAUUAUUCAGUGUUCCAGCAACUUCCCUGGCCUUUUCUUCCCUUAUACUGAAAGAAUUCUUUGUUGUUCCAGAUAAGCUUUGCAAGCUAUUUCUGUGCUUUUCUGAUGCAUCUCCCUUGCAAGAGCUUGUGGUCCUUUCUGUCCUUUUAAUUUGGGCAAGGCUUCUAUUUACUGAAGGAAGAUUUCUGCUCUCUAAUAUAAUAUCUUGAAGCUCUUUGAAGUGAUUUAGACUUCUUGGUUCCCUUCUUCAGCUACUUUACCAGCUGACGGCUUUUGGGUGCCAGUCGAAAAUGGUCGGAUGUGCCCAGGAAUUCUGUUGUGGCCGGUCUUGAGCGGGGCUUUGGGUGCCCUUCUGGGUGGAUGUUUUUCCCCAGAGGGGCUCCUUCGUGUGCUUCAGAUCCUGCAGCUUUUAGUGUGCGGUUUCCACAGCGUGUGAUCUUAAUGGGUCACCGCCAUUCAUGUUGUGCUCCUGCUGAGACGCCUCAAAUUCCCUGGGGGUGGUCUGUGCCGGGGUGUUGAGAAGGCAGGCUGGGACUGGGAGAUCCCGUCUGUGAAGCUCCAUGGGAGGCCUUGGGGCAGGCAUGGACUCGCGACGGAGCCUACCUCAAAGGGUUGUUGUGAGGAUGAAGUAGCGAGCAGGAGGAGGAUGUGCAUCCUCUUGAGCUUCUUGCAAGAGGGAAGAAGGCGGGAUGGAAACAGAACAGAGAGAGGGCGCAAAUGUGUUGCCGAACUUGCGCUUUCGUGGACCCGAAUGCAGGCGGGUGGGUGGAGAUUGGCGCUUGCACUUAACUGCCCUCCGGCGUCCUUAGGCCGGGUCCUGGCUGCGGAGGUCAGGCAGACCUGCACCUCCCUCGGCUUUGCUCAGCGUUUGGCUUCCAGGAGCCGAUCCUGCCGAUGGGCGCAGCUGGCUGCUCGGAGGGCUGAGCGGUGGCGCGCCAAAUGCGCAGCCGCCGCCUCUUGCAGGGCCCUCCCUGUUGGGCUGCCGCCAGGGGAGCCACGCAGGCCGGGUCUCUGCAGGGUGGGGGCGAGAUGCAGUGGCUGAGGAGGGCCCCACUCCAGCCGCGGGCCAGGAAGCCUUCUGCUGCAGAGCACAGAGGGGGCACCGCUGCCAGCCGGGGGCCCCGUGGGGCCCUGCUCUGCCUGGGGCUGCUCCCGAGGCCCUGUGUGUGCCCCCUUGCCAGUCACGGUUGGGGGGCAGCUGCGCUGGGGGCCCGCUCUGGCCCCAGAUGGAGAAGGGGAGGAGAAGGCUUCCCAGUCCACACAGCCGCGACUGGGGCGAGUUGGGGAGCAGAAGAGGUGGGAGUCGUCGAAGCAGACACCCAAAAUCCUCCAGAUGAGCGAUGCAUGCCCCGUUGCCCCUCGCAGGCAGGACGGGAGCCAGCAGCGAAAGCGACGGUCUUGCUGACCGUCCAUUUCCCUUCAGAAAUGCUGCUGUGCCUCCUGCCAGGGGCUCCACUUAAAAGGUCUCUGGAGGCGUGGAUGAGGUGCGCCCCCGUGGCCUCUGCCGCUGACGAACGACUUUCCAUGGGCAGCUCUGCCACGGCGGCAGACCCGGAGAGCACCGCGGAUCAUGGCUAGCCCCCCCAAGCUGACCGGAGAAACCCUGAUCGUGCACCACAUUCCCCUGGUGCACUGCCAGGUCCCGGACCGCCAGUGCUGCAGCGCCAGCAAGCGGACCAACCCCUUCUGCCAGCCCGACCUGGGGCUCGCCCGGCCCGGCCCGGCCCCCGAGCGGGACUUCUUGCAGGCCGACUCGUUGCUCUACAGCAGCUUGCUCCAGGCGGCGAGCACAGACCUGGCCCCUGUGAAGGCAGCCGGGCACACGGAGGGCCAGCCCAGGGAGCUGACCGCCAGGCGGCAGAAUCCGUUCCUGCAGAGCGGCGGCGGGCCCCCGGAGCCGGGCCCCGAGGACCUGGGCCAGCGCUCCUUCCGCCUGCAUGGCGGCCGAGCCAGCCUCCCCCCACGCGAGCGCGCCCUGCCCCCCUUCCGCCUGCACGACGCAGACCCCACGGGGAAGCCCUGGAGCGCCGCCAGCCGCUUCGACGUGGUGGAGGGCCGGGAAGAGACGCGAGCCGGCGAUGAGCCCAGGAAGGGCAGCGGGCCAGAGUGCAUGGAGCUGGACGAGUACGGCGGCCCCCCAGGCAGCCUGUCCAGCUGCUCCUUCGAGCACGAGUGGGCCGCCGACCCGGACGAGCUGCUGCUGCCCGACCUGGAGGCGGGCCGCAGCCGGACGUGCAGCUGCUCCAGCUCCGAGCCGCCGCGCUGCCGCUGCUGCAGCCUCUCGAGCCCGUCGGAGCCGCCGGACCAGCAGAUGGGCUGCCUCAGCGACUCCUCCUGCAACAGCUCCGACGGGGUCCUGGUGAACUUCAGCGCCCUCUACGACAAGGCGAGCGGCCGCGCCCGGCCCUGCCCGGCCCCGGGCAGCCUCUCCUGCAACUCCUCCUCCGGCAGCCGCUCCGACUCGGCCGCCUUCUACCUCGACCUGCACGCGUCGCCCGAGGAGCCCGGCACGUCCUGCGAGUCCAGCCCGCGGGGGGGCGGCCCGGGGAGGGCCUGCGGGUGCCACCGCCCCCCCUCGCCCCUGCUGGACGCCAACUGCAACUCCUACCCGGCCCUCUGCGAGCCGGGCGCCUCGGAGGGCUCCGACCUGAGCGCCUGCUUGCAGAGCAAGGCCCGGCUGGUUGUGGCCACACAGAACUACUACAAGCUGGUCACCUGUGACCUGUCCUCGCAGUCCUCGCCCAGCCCGGCCGGCUCCUCCGUGGCCAGUGGCUCCGAGGAGCGCCUGCGCGGCAGCCCGCUCCAGCCCACGGAGUACUACCUGUUCGGGCGGCCGGGGGGCCCGCCCGAGGAGAGCGACUCGGAGGGCUCCCGGGAGGGGCCGCAGGGGCCGGCCACGGACGAGGCCCUCGAGGGGCAGGUGUACGUCAACGUGCCCCCGCCCGCAGCCGCGGCCGGGCGGCAGCGCUCCCGCAGCUACGACCGCGGCCUGGAGCGCAGCCCCGCCGGCCGGCUGGGCACCCUGGAGCGCUUGCUGAGCUGCCCGGUGAAGCUGAGCCAGCCGGAGCUCAUCCCGGACGCGCCGCCACCCAAGCGGGUCACCUCCUUUGCCGAGCUGGCCAAAGGCCGCAAGAGGAAUGGCUCCUCGCCGCCGCUGCCGGCCGGCCGGGACCCGUCCCUGGAGUACACCGCCAUCCCGGAGUACCAGGACAGCCCCGUCUUCCGGGAGGAGCCGCCGCGGUCCAGCCAGAGCCUGCCCCCCAUGCCCUUGGCUCGCUCGCUCCACCGCAGCUGCGAGAGCUACCGCCGCCCCGAGUGGGGCCACAGCGCCUCCCGGCAGAACGGGGGCCCCAGGGAGGUCCCUCCCUGCGGGCCGGCGGCCUUCGAGCAGCCGUUCUUCUCAGCUCCCGCAGAAGCAGGGGCCAGUUCUGCCAGCAGCCACGGCCAGAAGGACGCCCGAGCCCGUGCUGACGGUGGGGCCCCGGACAGCCCGGCGGUCGUGCGCUACAGCAAGGACCAGCGGCCGACCACGCUGCCCAUCCAGCCCUUCGUCUUCCAGCACCACUUCCCUCGGGCAGCCAAGGCCCGGGCGCUGCACGGCCCCCUCGCCUCCAGCCUGGCCCAGCUCUACAGCCUCUCUGCCGCCGCCCGCCGGCCCGCCGGCCCGCCGCCCUCCUCGGCCUCGCAGUCCUCGGCCUCCUCCACCUCGGCCGACCAGCCCCUGGUGGGGGGCGCCCCGGGGCACGGCCAGCGCUCUGGGGACGGUGCCGCCUCCCUCGCCGACGGCGGCGCCAGGAAGCCUCUGCCGGAGACCACGCGCCCGUCCCCGCUGGGCAGCUACUCUCCCGUGCGGAGCCACGUGCCUUCCUUCCACGGCGUGGACUCUUCCUCCCGCUCGCCCACCCCGGGAGGCCACCCGCCGCGCAGCCAGUCCUGCCCGAUCUCCGCCGGCCUCCUGCCCACCGGCAGGCCCUCCCCGGCCGCUGCCGGCACCGUCAGCCACGCCCCGCACCAGAAGGAGAGUCCCACGCCGGGCUCCGAGGAGGAGGGCACGGCGCUGCCUGAGCCCGUCAAGCUGCGUGCCACGUGUGUGCCCCCGGGCGGCACCCUGCUGCCCCUCCUGUCCGCGGGACUGGGCCUGGCUGGCACCGGAGGCCCCGUGGAGCCGCUGUGGAAGGCGGGCGGCAGCGAGGGCGCCGGCUUGAGCUCCGUGGGCGGCCUGCUCACUCGGCCCCUCAACGCCCACCACCUCUCUCCGCAAGCGCUCAAGUGGCGGGAGUACCGGCGCAGGAACCCGCUGGGGCUGGACCGGGCCCCGGGGCUCGCGGGCAGCCUGGACUGGAAGCAGCGGCACGAGCACGGGCUGCCCUGGAGGACCCCCCGCCUCGAGCUGCCCGGGGCCGCGCACGCAGGACGCUCCGGCAGCAGACUCAGCGGGCAGCCGGCGAAGCACCCGCAGCUCAGCUACUCCGACUUCUUCCCGGACUAUUUCUCCUUGGCGGAAAAGCCCCCGGCAGAAUUCUGCCUCUCGCCAGAUGGCAGUGCCGAGUCGGUCUCCGUCGACCUGGGCCAGAAGAAGGGCCUCGUCAAGGCGAUCAACAUGGCCGUGGAUCUGAUUGUGGCGCACUUCGGGACCAGCAGGGACCCCGGGGUGAAGGCCAAGCUGGGGAACAGCUCCGUGAGCCCCAACGUGGGGCACCUCAUCCUGAAGUACCUGUGCCCGGCCGUCAGCAGCGUCCUCGGCGACGGGCUCAAGGCCCACGUGCUGGACGUGAUCGUGGGCCAGCGGCGGAACCUGCCCUGGAGUGUCGUGGAGGCAUCCACCCAGCUGGGGCCCUCCACCAAGGUGCUGCACAGCCUCUGCAGCCGCGUCAGCCAGUGCGGCGAGCUGAGCAGCCACGCCAUGCGCUUCAACGCCUUCAUCUUCGGCCUCCUCAACCUCCGGUCCCUGGAGUUCUGGUUCAACCACCUGUACAGCCAUGAAGACGUCAUCCAGGCGCACUACCAGCCGACGGGCUUCCUCGCGCUGGCACACGGGCUGUGCCAGGGCCUCUUCGAGGAGGUGCUGCUGCUGCUGCAGCCCCUGGCGCUGCUGCCCUUCAGCCUGGACCUCCUCUUCGAGCACCGCCUGCUGCAGACGGGCCGCACGCAGCGCCAGCAGAAGGAGCUGCUGUGCGCGCAGCAGGGCCUGGUGCUCUCGGCGCACUCCACCCUGCAGCUCAUGCGCGCCCACGGGGGCGGCCGCCCGGGGAGCGCCGAUGGCUGGGCGGCCGCCGAGCAGGACGCCGGACCCGAGGGCUGCCGGGGCAGCCUGGGGAAGGAGGCCGACGCGGGCGCAGACGUGGGCACGGGUCCGGGGGCCCCCUGCAGCGGCCGCGAGCGGAGGAGGGCCCGGGACGGCCCCGCCGAGCCGAAGAAGGACCGGCAGGCCAGCUGGUGGUACCAGCUCAUGCAGAGCUCCCAGGUCUACAUCGAGGGGGCGGCCGAGGGCGCUCCCCGCAUCCGCUAUGAGCGCAGGAAGAAGGCUUUGGUGGAGGGCGCCGGCCGGCAGGGCGAGCCCCGGAGGGCCCCCCCACCGCGGGAGGGCGUGGUGGAGGGGGCCGAGGCCUGCCCCAUCACCGAGGCGGCCCUCAAGGGAAGAGCCCCGCCGGAGGAAGAGCCCUCGCGCAUGCAGCCGUCCUCUGCUGGGGAGGCGGCGCAGGAGAAGGGCCGGCCCCGCUGGAUGGGCAGCCCGCCGGACUCGGUGCUGACGGAGCUGAAGCGCGUGAAGGAGGCGGAGGCGGAGAGCGGGCUGGCCCCGAGGCCGGGGAGCCCGGAGCAGCACAGCGCCCACGGCCCCGGCAGCGGCCCGCCCAAGUGGGGGCACCUCUUUGGCUCCCGGAAGGUGCCCAAGGAGCCCCGGCAGGCCAGCAGGCUGCCGUCCGGCUGGCUGAACCUGGAUCGCUCCGUGUUCCAGCUGGUGGCCCAGACCGUGGGGGCCGGCGCGUGGCGGGAGGCUGCCCUGGAGCCCCGGAGGCAGCCUGCAGAGCUCUCCCCACCGCGGUCCGAGGGGGCCGGCACGUGGCUGGACAGGAGCACGCCGCCCGAGGUGCCGUGCGGGGUGAAGGCGCUCUGCCACCACAUCGCCACCGAGGCCGGGCAGCUGAGCUUCCGGAAGGGGGACGUGCUGCGCGUGCUGGGCAAGGCGGACGCCGACUGGCUGCGGUGCAGCCGCGGGGCCGAGACCGGGCUGGUGCCCAUCAUGUACGUCACCCACGUGGAGGACGAGGACUACUGAGGGCCGGUGGCCGCGCCGUGGAGCAGAGACCGGCAGGGCGCCGGCGGAGGCGGCCGCCCCCCGCGCCCGGAGCAGCCUCGGGACGGAGCUGCUCUGCCCUGCGCCCCCGCCUGGGGCUCGCCGUCCGGAGCCGCGCGGCCCGUGUGCUGGGCGUGCUCCUCCCCUCCCGCCUGCAACAUCCUUCCGACACGGACUUGGGGCCCCCGGGACUCCCGCCACGGGCGGUGGAGCGGCCCACGUCACGCCGCGGCCCCAGCAUGCAUGGCUUCCGUUCCAUCUGUGCCAACGGCGCCACAGCGGGACUCCAGGAAGCCCCGCCGCACCCCUGCGGGUCCCUGUGCUAACACGUAUACAUAGGUAGGUAGGUAGGUAGGUAGGCAGGCGGCCACCGCAUCGCAUCCCGUGCCCGCCACGCUGCAGGGCCACGUGCAGCCGGCCUGGGCAGGACCACCUGGAGGGUUUCUAGCUUGGGGGGAGGGGGGAGGGGGAGCCCCAGGGAGGCUGCCAGCGCACCUGCGCCUGCCGUGGUUGGCUAGCGGCUGUUCCACGUUAGAAGCAGCUGGCCUCCGGGAGUUGCCCACUGGGCAGCAUCGGGGGGGGGGCGCGGGUUGGGGCAGGGCGAUGCCUGCAGCCCCCGGGGGGCCUCAAUCGGCAGCGCCCGCCUUGCGUGGGGGAGCAGCGGGGCAGAGCCGGGGGCUGGCGGAACAGCCUCUGCCCCGGGGGGGAAGGGGCUUCUCCAGAGUGGGAAUGCCCUACUCCGUGCUGUGCUGUCUUCCCAGCACUGGGGGAAGGGGCUUCUGGCCCAGGCGCCCGCCUGCACCCCCACGGAGCCAGUGGCCAGUAUUAAGGCCGAGGCCCGCCGGCCUCAUCCAUUCCAGGGGGGUCGCUGAUGCUGUGCGUGGUUCUUCUGCAGAUGGCGCCAUAUUUAAUUUUCCCUUCCGGCAUUAGAACAGGGUGUUUUGUCUGUAUUUAUUUCUUUAUUUAUGACGCAUAUUAAUAAAAAAGGUGCUGAUGACGCCGUCCCUGCACUGUCA